GUUCCUGCAUUGUGUCCAGCGACCGUACACAAAGAAUUCCUCAGAUGGAAAUGACCGACGAAAUAGUGACCCGAGCAGUCGGUGCAUCUUCUGUUUCGGAGCUCGACGACCCCGUGCUCGAGAAUCUCGUUGAGAUUAUAGACGCUUUCAACGAAACUUGGACGGAUUUGAUCGAGAGCUACAUCGACGCAACUGACGACGACGACGACAGCGAGGGCGCUUCUUCGUCGGCAAUCGACGAUUUUGCAGACGUAUUGACGGGAGCUGUUAGCGCUAUCCAACAACUGUACAUCAGUCAUCCCGACAAUGCACAGCUGAGACUCUUGAGCACGAUGAUGUCGAGAGGCAGACAGUUAUCCGAGAGCGGUCGUUUCUCUAGAAGAAAUCGUCAUCUGCCACGCCGAAAUACAAGCGCAGCGGAAAUCAGAAGCUCGAGAUCGAGUUGUGCGAUCGAGGAUGACGAUGAUAACUCGGAUUUUGAAACGAUUUCCUCGUCCAGAACGUACAGCGUCAACGACGUCGAUGAAAGUGAGCAAGGCACCGAUCACGAGUCUCGGAGCGAUGGGAAUUCGAGUUUCGAAAUGGAAUCCGAUCUCUAUUACUACAGCUAUUUAUCGAUGAGUGAUCUCGCUUCGGACGGUGCGUCUAUCCACAGUUGUGAUAGCAGUUCCGAUGACGAUGACUUUUCUGAUGAGGAGUUCAUGGAUGAAUCCGAAGAUUGGACAAUACCGACCCGUCUAGCCAAAACAUGUCAUGUCCUCCAGGAGAAAGUUGUUCGACAAAUGCUCAGGAAGGACUACGAGCCGCAGUGGUACGACGUAGUAGAUCUGGUGCUCGAGAGCGACGAGCAGAGUUCCAAGGGUCCAGCAGAGCCGGACUGCCUAGACGACUACAAAAUUAUUCAGGAUCCGGCAAGAGAUUUUAGUAAACUUAUAAACAAACAGCUUUUACGCAAUGAACGAGCCCAUAUAAUCUCGCUCGUUCAAACCGCCCCAGAAUCCACUCGGCUCGAGAUUACCGCUAACACGUUGUUCCUACCGAGGAAUCUCGAGCACUCAGACGAGGACCGACUGGAUAUGGGUUGAAGCGGUGGGCAACCUCCUUAUACUUGAAGGUAAAAAUUAAAAUUUAUUUCGACCCGAUGUUCGCGGCCUCGUCCGAACCCCAUGCAUGGACUCUAUCGAAUGCGAAUGUCACCCGACUCUCUGUAUAAAAUGUGUAGAAAUGAGACAACAGAUACGGGAAUCGAAAAUGCGAGAGAGUGGAAAUGGAUCUCAUCAUAAUAAACUUUGCAACCAC